AUCAGCUAUUUAAGAAACCUUUGAUUCCUUCAGCUCUCUGCUAGUACAAAGUUCCUUCAAGGAAAAGGAAGAAUCAACUUGAAUCAACACCCAUGUUGGGCAACACCAACGCCAACACUUCUAGUUCUGCCCCAGUUGUUCCUGCUUCUUCAGAACCAGCAAAUGGACAUGGCAACAGCAGCAGCAGCAAUAAGAGGAAAAGACGACCCGCAGGCACUCCAGAUCCGGACGCGGAGGUAGUUUCGCUGUCGCCGAAAACCCUAUUGGAGUCGGACCGCUACGUGUGCGAGAUCUGCAACCAGGGGUUCCAGAGGGACCAGAACCUCCAGAUGCACCGCCGGCGGCACAAGGUGCCGUGGAAGCUGCUCAAGAGGGAGAAUCCCGGGGGCCCGCCGGGGGAGGCCGCGAGGAAGCGGGUGUUCGUCUGCCCCGAGCCGGCCUGCCUCCACCACGACCCCCGCCACGCGCUCGGGGACCUCGUCGGCAUCAAGAAGCACUACAGGAGGAAGCACAGCGACCAGAAGCAGUGGGUGUGCGAGAGGUGCUCCAAGGGUUACGCCGUGCAGUCUGACUACAAGGCCCAUCUCAAGACUUGCGGCACCAGAGGCCAUUCCUGCGAUUGUGGAAGAGUUUUUUCCAGGGUCGAAAGCUUCAUCGAGCACCAAGAUUCUUGCAACGCGGGUCGGGUUCGGUCCGAGCUGCAACCGUGGCAGCUGCCUUGUCUCUCGAGAACCGCCUCCAGCCCUAGCCAGUCUAGUGACACCAAUUUCAGUGCAACUCCUAAUUUGCCACCUUUCAUAUUGCCAAAGCCAAGGGAAAACCCCAUUCCCUUAUUGAGCCCUACCAAAGACUGCUCUUCCAAAAAUGGUCCGGACAACCACCACCAUAAUUUGGAGCUUCAGCUCUCGAGCUCAUCGAUCCCUGCCGAAGCGGCUUCCAUUUCCUCCAAGGGAGAUGAGAAGGACUCGACCCCAUUGCAGCUCUCGAUCGGGUCGUGCUGCGAUGCCGGGGAGAAGAAUGAGUCGAACAAUGCGACCCACUCGAUGAGCAACAUGGGCGAUAGACCUGAUAGAGGCGCCGCCACUUUAUGGAUGAGGGAGGAGGCGCGUGAGCAGUUGAGAUUGGCAAUGGCGGAGAAGGCUUAUGCUGAGGAGGCGAGAGAGCUGGCCAGGAGGCAGAUUCAAAUGGCCCAGGAGGAGUUUGCCAAUGCCCAGAGAAUUAGGCAACAAGCACAGAGUGAGCUGGACAAGGCCUUGGCACUACGAGAGCAUGCAUCUAAGCAAAUAAAUUCCGCUGUCCUUCAGAUCACUUGUCAUGCUUGCAAGAAGCAGUUUCAAGCAAGGGCUGUAAGGGACAUGGCUAAUGAGGAUGAGAAGUCUUCUCUUCUGGUGUUUAGUUACACGUCAUCAGUCGUUACAGGAGGAGAGGUUGGAGAGAGAUGAUCGAUUCGCAGGGAUUACUACUUGAUAGAAUCAUCAGUUCAGUUGCUUCUUUGAUAUGCUUAUGCUUAUUGGUACCCACAUGGAUGUGGCAAUAAUGUAACAUCAACUUGGUCAAAGUUUAAGGAGGAAAAGCUCCAU